UUAUGCCUGUCCUGUAUUUGUAGGCGGUAUCUUCACUAUAACGUAUGCAAAAAUAAUGGUAGUGUUUUAGUUCUGACACCUUGUUCUCCGGAUUCGCAUUUUUUACUUGCAUUUAACAACUAGAGAGAUUACGGUAACGUACUCCUCAUGAUGUCAUUGCUAGCUGAAACCGUCUAUGUCAGGGUCUUCGGUGCAAUUUAACUGUUAUUGUCACAUUGGUAAAGCUUUGUUACCAUUUGUUGUGAAAACGGACAUUCUAAUGAGCCUACUUGGGGGAUGAAAUAUUAAUGCGUGGAUAUUAGACUACGUUACCGUAAAUUAACCUGUAUUAAACCAGAGAAUAGGCUGCCACUAGGCUACUCUUCGUCAGCUCGCCUUCAAAGUUAUAAAAAGAGUGACUGUGGAACAGAGGGAUGUAUGGGGGGCGGGGAUGGAUGGCCUUGUGUGGGAGAAGCAGCGGGACUUCGAUCCUUUUGAACAGAGACAAAGCGCUUUGCUGAAGAGCUCCAGGUAGCUGGUCAGAGGAGGAGUUUAUCAGAGCGUAAGAGACAAGAGUCUUUCCCCCCCCCAUCAUGUCCUCAGAAGCCACUCCUCCCAUCCAGCAGGGGGCGCCCCAGACCCUGGUGUCCCCAGGCUCCCCCGUCUCACCCAGCUCCCUCAGUCUGCCCAAGUACCGCGCCCGGGACCGCUCCCCGUCCCCCAUGAGGGGCUACCUGAUCCCCAGCCCCCUGCCUACUCGCCGAACCCGAACCUGCUCUGCAUCUGCCCGUGCGUCAGAGGGGCCCAGCUUCACCGGCGUCUGCAAGUGCUUCUCACGCUCCAAAGGACACGGCUUCAUCACACCUGCUGACGGCGGCAACGACAUCUUCGUGCACAUCUCAGACAUCGAGGGGGAGUACGUGCCGGUGGAAGGCGACGAGGUCAGCUACAAGAUCUGCUCCAUCCCACCCAAACACGAGAAGGUGCAGGCCGUGGACGUGGCCAUCACCCACCUGGCCCCCGGGAGCAAGCACGAGACCUGGUCAGGGAGCGUGAUCAGCUCGUAACCGGGGAGACGGAGGGGGGGGGGGCUGCAAAAGGCUGUAAAACACAGGGCUACAGCAAGGCACACUGAACUUAUGGAUCAUGCUGGGGGGAGGGAGGGAGAGAGAGAAAGAGAGGGAGAGGGUGAGGGAGAAGGAGAGGGAGAGGGGAGACCCUGCACAGAAACAGAUGUUAGAGCACACAGGCAACCACACAGAUUUUUUCUUCCAUUUUUUUGGGGUCGUGGCGGGGUGGGGUUGGUGACGGUUAGUAACGGGAGAGUGAGGUUACGUGGGGGAAAGGAGGCUGUCAGUCAUUUUUCACGACCAAUCAUAAGGUUCAAUCCCCAACGCGACGAUUGGUUCAAACCAGAGUAUGACCAAUAGCUCUGCCUAUUUUAGCUUUGACAAAGCCUGAUUUUACCCAUGACAGGCGGUUAAAGUAAACUACAUUUUUUUCUCCAUAUCUGGGACUGGGAAAAAAUUAGAGUUGUUUCUUAGCUUCUGAAAUAAGUAAGUAACAACCAUCCUCACCCCCUUUAUAUUUAAACUCCACAUAAUGGACAUUUGUUUAAUGCUUGUACAAUUUAAGAGCGCACAAGUUUUUGGUUCAUUUUGACCAUUCAUCAUUAUUCCUUUCAAUGGUAGACCUCUGAUUUGCCAUUCUUUAUAAUGUGCUGAGACGGAAACUUGAAAAAUGUAAUUUGUCAAAAUAUGCUGCACAUAUUAUUCACACAUUAUUGUCCAUUAUUAUUGCAGUUCUCAUAUGUCAGUUUGAAUACAUAUUCAAUACACGAUUUAAAGCAUUCUGAAAACAGCAACUAUUCAUAUUGAUCAAUUUCAAAUUAUUCUGGAUGUACUAUACUAUAAAGAAUAUCAGAAAUUCUUUGUUUCCAUCUGAUUUUCUGCUGUCAGACAGAAUUCAAAUUCAGCAAAAAUAAGCGGAGUCCAGACUUGUGUCUAGUUUCUCUAUUCCACACUGGAUGCAUCUGGGCAGAGCGACUCAUUUCUUUUUCAGUGGUUCUCAGUGAUCUUUCAAAAACUAAUUUUACACACUUAUGUGCCUGUCUGCCUGCCUUCAGUUCAUUCUCUACCUGGAGUUAUAAUUUGAUGUUGAAUUACUGAAUAAAAUAAAAGUUUUGUGAGAUGCAGCAAC